GACAAAAACCAACUCUAAAUGCCCACUACAGGUGACUGGGUAAAGAAAUAUGGAAGACAUACUCAAUGGAAUACUACUCGGCUUUAACAUUCGUGAAACAGUGCCUCUUGGGACACCUGGGUUCCUUCCAGUGUGUCCCAAAUGCUUGAAUUGUGGUACCAUCACCCUGUUACCUCCCUGCACACCACCCCCGCUCUCCACUGGGGAAGUGUUUCCAGUUGGACAGCCACUUUGAGCUGGGGGCUGUCUACAGAGAACCCCUGCUAGUCCUAAAGCCCCAUGUUAUGUUAGAGGCUGCUUUCUCAGACCGGUCCUGGUGCCAGUUAUUACAGGGUGGGUCUCCUGUCAAGCAGACAGGAAGCAUCAGGAGGGGAAAAUCUUCACAAGUAAGGAAAGGAAGUGAGUGGAUGGGAUAAGUGGGGUAGCCUCCCAAUCACUGUGCAGAGCUGGGGCCGACAGGGAGUUCUGGAACAAAGCUGGAGGAAUGGGGCAGAUGUGGGUAGGUCCUGGGACCCUGCCUUGCUCAGACGCUGGUUAGGGACAUCCCAGAGGAGAGGGCUCAAACGUUGAAGCAGAUCCUGUGAGAAAGAGCUGGAGCCUUUACGAACGAUACUUCUAGAAGGCAUAGAGAAUCCUUUCUCCCGAGGGGUAUCCCAUCAUGUGCACAGCUCCACACCUGCCGCGUGGGGCGUGUCCUUCUGAAGCCUGGGGGUGGGGAGCGCUCCCAACAGCACCUUGUAAACCAGGGUCCACAGUGACUCUGCUGACACCCAAUCGCUAGAGUGAGUCACGUGGCCUCGCCCAAACCCAGGGGCAAAUACUUGGGGCCACCGGGAGGCUGGGACCGCGUGGGCGCGCCACGGCGAGCACAUUAUCUGGCCACUCAUUAGACCCACAGCGGAGACAGUCCCCGUGUAAGGGGCAGCGCUCUUCCUUCGCCUCGUCACUGCCUGUCCAGGGGACAGACGCCCUCGAGGAAGGACAAUUACGUGUCUAAACAUUCAGAUUUGGUACCUGGAAAUCAAAAGUGCAGCUUUGCGAGGGGAAGGCCAAGCAAAGCACAAAGCAAGGACCACCGGGCGUCCCGGAGCCCCGCGGGGCAGCUCACGGCUGGCGGCACUGCUGGGUGCAAGUUGCCUGGUGGAUCAAUAGCAAUUUGGGGCGCUAGUGGGGGCGCCAUGUGAAUAACUCGACUGAGCUGAACUCAGAGUGGUCGGCUUCCCGGUCCUUGGGGAAGCCAGUGCCAUCCACUUAGCGCUGGCGCCGGGCCAUUCUCGGGCACUCCCCCGUCCCCUCCCCCUCCAUGUUUCUGCCUCUUCCGCCAGCUCCUGGGUCCAGAGCCCGAGGAGGAUGGAGGCUGCGGGACUGCCCCGGGCCCAGCGGUGCUGCCACGAGGCCCUGGGGAAGCUCUUUCCGCGCUUCUGCUUCCUCUGCUCCCUGGUGACCUACGCACUGGUGGGCGCUGCUCUCUUUUCAGCCAUCGAGGGGGGCCGGGACCUGAGCACAGAUGACCUGGAGUUUAAAGCCUUCUUGAAGAACCUCUGCAGCAUCUUGAAAUGCAACAAAACAGUUGAGGAAGAUAGGAAGCAGGACCUUGGGUUGCUGCUGAAGACGGUGAAGCCCCAGUGGUUCAGCAGCUCUGCCGACUGGUCCUUCCUGAGCGCCCUCUUUUUCUGCUGCACAGUGUUCAGCACCGUGGGGUACGGCCACAUCUACCCCGUGACCAAACUUGGCAAGUACCUGUGCAUGCUCUACGCCCUCUUUGGCAUCCCUCUGAUGUUCCUGGUCCUCACGGACACCGGCGACAUCCUGGCGACCAUCUUAUCUAAGUCUUACCAUCGGUUCCGCCGACUCUGUCUGCGGGGCCCUCGCCUCUCGGGGUGGCGCCCGGCUCUGUUGCGAUGCAGGAGACCCGACCCCAAGCCCGCGGAAGAAGCGCUCCCGAGGAUCGUCAUCCACCCUCAGGAGCUCCCGGGCCCCUCCUCGGACAGGUGCCCUCCGGCCCCUGGCACCAACUGCGAGCUGUUCGAAAAACUCCUGGCUCAGGAGAAGCAGCACACCCUGCAGGCGCCCCCGCGCGGGGUGGAGCGGAGCAACUCGUGCCCCGAGCUGCUUCUGGGGCGGCUCUCACGCUCGGUCAUCAGCAACCUGGACGAGGUGGGCCGGCAGGUGGACAGGUUAGACGUGCCGCUCCCGGUCAUCGCCCUCCUGGUGUUCGCCUACAUUUCCUGUGCAGCCGCCAUCCUGCCCAUCUGGGAGACACACCUCGACUUCGAGAGCGCCUUCUAUUUCUGCUUUGUCACGCUGACCACCAUUGGUUUUGGGGACAUCGCUCUAGAGCACCCUCACUUCUUCUUGUUCUUCUCCGUCUAUAUCAUCGUUGGGAUGGAGAUUGUGUGCAUCGCCUUCAAGUUGGUGCAGAACAGGCUGAUUCACAUCUACAAAAAUCUCAUGCUGUUCUUUGCAAGAGUUUUACCACCCUGUUAACGGGCGAAGACUCUGGCGUCUGCGGGGCGACAGGUGCAAGGCGCGGGGUUCCCACGGCUUGUACUCCAGGGCAGAGCAGUUACCCCUUGGCGGGAAUGCCAGCCUGUCGCCCGAGACCUUGGAACUUGGCAACGAAUCCUGCAUGAGGGCCCAUUUCAGCCCUGCGGCUGCGCAGAAACACAGCCCUUGUCCUCUGUAUCAGGACAUCAGAAAAAAGGGCUCAGUCCUCCAAAGCCUAAUCCCCCCGUCGUCUCCAGUUUUCAAAAGUCUAACCUUAGGCCGAUGAAAUCAUCUUUCACGUCACAUGAUGUCAUCCAUCAUGACGUUAUGGGUGUCACUGGUGACAUGAAAAAAAAAAACUUUAUUCUUGCAAUUUGGAUUUUUGGCAAAUAAAGAUCUCCCCAUGUUGCAUCUUGUUUGCAGUUUACGAAUCAGCACCAGCCUGGGCAACCUCUUCCUGGACGGCUGCAUGAAUGCACGUGAGCUCAGCCCCCUCCCGGCACAUCGACAUCGCUGAGUGAGCUGUCACCUGCAUUUCCAGGCACGUGGGCUGGGUCCUGAGUGCAGCCUCUGUGCAGAUCGGCGUUCUCACUAAGCGGCCCCUGGGGCGCACCCCCUGGAUGAGUGCGCGUGCGCACGAGCUGGCGCCCUAGUAAGUGCCUUGGCAUGGGAGGUGUGCACUUACUGGUUGGAUGCACUCCUGAGCUGUUCAGGGAUGAGUUGGCACGUGAACGGGUCGGUCUACGUGACAGAUGCCAUAGGUGCCCGCAGGCCUGUUUCUCCAGCUCCUUGACCUGGAAAUGUCCGCCUGCAGCUCCAGCGUGCGCACGCGCAGAACAGGCUAGCCGGCCUUGGCACUAAGGCUUCUGGGAGCUGCCGCCGACCCACCGUGAGGGACGAUGAGGGGAGAAGGUGCCCUCCGCUGGGCUAACUCUGGGCCAUGGCGCAAGGGCUCCCACCUCCUCCAGUGGAAUGGCCCGGCUGUUCUCUAGCACACCCAGGACUGGCCUCUCCCACCUCCCUGCCUUCCUCCACCCUUCCUGGGGCGUCUUCAGAUUAGCACACAAGUCCCUGUCUCCGAGUCACUCUUGGGAUGACUCUUGGGGAUCCCUCCCGGGAGAGGUUGCUGCACAGUGUGUGAACUGCUCGGUGACGUGCGAGGCAGGAGAGACUUACUAUUUCUGGUCACUUAUUAGACAUGUCUUAGUUGAGAAAAUCAAAGUGUCUUUGCGAGAAUAUUGGAAAAGUCAACCUGUGUCCUCUGAUUAGCAAAAUUAGCUCCUUGCUGGGUGGAUGGUGGGACUUUCUCCAGCACGCAGACCCCCCUAUGGUCAGAAACCCCAAGUUGGAAGAAUCCAUGGAAAAUGCUGGGAGGUUCUAGUUUGAAAAGGAAGGACACACUCAUCUUUAAAGACUCCUCUGUGUUAGGUUCCAGUUCUUCUUUCUGGGUCUUUCCUCCUCCCUCCACAGCUAUUAGAUUUUCUGCCCCUUCAACUCUGACCUACCUCAGGAAAUGGAAUACACAAGGUAGAGCAAGACACAGAAUGACAGGAAGAAGCAAAAGUUGGGUUUCCGGCAGCAGCCUUGCCUGGGGCCUUCGUGAAGUGUCUUCACCUCCCAGAGCUCAGAACAGGCCAGCAAGGCCCCCAAGCCCAAAGGCAACCGAGGCUGGCAGAGCUCGCGGUCAGACCAAGGGCUACUCAAGUUCUGUCCAGCAGACAUUCAGUGAGUUCUUGCGAUUUUCCAGGCUCAAAGUAGAGUCCAGAGAGGAGGCUGUCUGCCCCCAGCGCAUGGAGAUCGUCACAGGUGCUGAGUCUGUCAGCCACUCCCUCCCUGUGGCAAUAACAAUUCCUGUUCACAUGUGAGCAUGGAGCGUUCAGGAAUACAGAUUAUGUGAAGUAAAGAUCCUGGCCAUUUGCUUGUUUCAUUCAUCACUGGGUGCUCUUGGGUGGGUCUAGGGAAAUGGCCCGGCAUGCCUGCUUGCUUCUUGCCUCCUGCACCCCACAUUCCAGCCACCUUGGUUCUUUACUUCCCCAGCCCAGUGCAGGAACGUGAAUUCGUUCCUUCCAGCCUUUGCUUGAGCUCCACCUGGCUUUCACACAGGCACCCCGGGGCUUCAAAGAACUCUGUCUCCUCCUCCCCCUCCCCUUGAGACUCAGAAGUCAUUGCUCUGGGCACAGGGAUGUAGAUAAGCCUCAGGUGCGUCUGACGUGUGGCCAGAGUUGAGAGUCUUGACACUAGCUCUCAGCCUGACACCCUUCUCCCUCGGAUGGAUGAAAGCUCACCUUCAUGGCACCUCCUCUGCGUGGAGUCCCCUGGCCCCUGGAAACAGCCCUCCCUGGUUUCCCCCAUAUUCCACUGUGACCUUCCUGUUACAGGAUAGCCCCAAGUCCUCUCCAAGCUCUCAGCCACCCAAAUAAAAUGGUUGACUCCUUUUUGCCAUAAUCAUUCUCUCCCCUUUUAAUCCUCUGUCCCAACUUUGCAGUGUCUGUCACUUAUGGGAGAACUCUGGGUGGAACUGACGCCCACAAUCUCAAGAGCAACCCCCACUGACUGCACCCCCACCACUUGUAGCCCCCCCCAGAUGAGUUCUUAAUCUGCCUUAUCUUCUCAAAUGCUCUCUGAAGUGCUCAGGUGAGGAAACUGAGCCAAGGACCUCGCUCAAGGACUCACUUCUAGUAAGUGAUGGAGCCAGGGUUUGCCACCAAGUCUAAUGUGACUGAAAUCAGUGGCCCUCUGUGGACCGCCAGCACCAGGAUCCAUGGAACUUGCUGGAAACUCAGAUGGUCAGGCUUCAGACAACACCUAUUGGUACAAAAUGCCAGUGGGUGAGCUCAAUGUUCUAACCAGCCCUGCAGGGCAUCUGAUGUUUUAUUCAGAACAGAUCUCAGGCUUGAAAACCACAGCUCUGCUCAGCUUCAUGGGUGGGCACCCUAUAUGGAUCAGUCACCUGGGAGAAAGCAGGUGGUCUGAACUGCUGGUCAAGGGGAACAGUGCUGAAGGGGUUCUGCCGGCUGGAACAGGCCUCCCAGCCAGAGUUGACACAGUGCCCCCAAAUCAGUGUUUCUCUAGGAGUUCAAAGGAGGCUGCUUCCUGCCUGGCAGGACCUCACUUCCAGGCUCUGAUAAAGACCCGGCAGGACCCAGCUCUGUGAGAGGGGCUUGGCUAAUCUCUGCCUGAGGAAUGAGAGGGCCUGAACUUGCCCAGAAACUUGAACU